UCCCUACACCCCCUGAUAUCUGCUGUCCAGACAUUCGUUACCAUAUAGGCAGCUUAUUUUCACGACUCUCAUUUGCCUGUGUUAACAGACAGACGCUCAUUCGUAUACUACACUACAGAUUUUCAACUCUCUCAGCGUUCAUUCACAUCUCCUGCCACCUGCUCACACGUGGUAUCCCGUCAUAUUAAACAGUUACCCUGCGCCCAACCCCUUGCCACCUUCAAGCACAGCGACUAUACCUAACGAUAAAAGAUGCCCGGCCUCCCCAGAUAUUCAGACCUGGAGUCGCAUUGUGUGUGUGAGAGUUGUUCUUAUGGACUCACGCAAGAAUGCAUAUUCAAGCAAGUGGCCUUUGACCAUUCACAGGUAGUCGCGUCGCUCUUGGCAAUCGGGGGCCAUGAAAUGCUUCAAAUCGGCUACGGCGUAGACGCGCAGCCCAACUACGUCACAGUGCACGCGAGCCUGCUGUGCUACUGGUCGGCGACGAUCCGACGCACCGUCUACCAGCAAGACAAGCCCAUCGUGACGCUGUGGAUCGACUUCUACGAGAACCGGGACCGGUCGAUCGUGAUCUGGCGCAACAUCGUCCAGUGGUGCUACACGGGCACGCUACAAGACGGUUGGAACCACAGCGACGCGACGAUGGGCCGCAAGGACGAGAUCGAGGUGCUGUGGAACGCCGCCGUCAGCCUCGAGAUGUACGAGCUCGCCAACCACUGCAUGCGCCUCGUCUUCCUCAAGUACACCUGGGGCGUCGCCGCCCGCGCCGACCCCGCCGCCAAGUGCGGCCCCCGCGACUGCCCCGUCGAGGCCACGGGCCCCUACCAGGUCUUUCGGAACAACUCCAAGGGCGUCAACCUGCACCGCCUGCUCUGGUUCAUGGAGGACUUCCUGUUCGCCCGCGGCCCGCUGACGGAGAAGGCGAGCCAGAAGGCGAGCAGGGAGACCGUCCAGAGCUGGGAGCACCUCAUGAAGUACGACGAGAGCUUCCGCGACUGGAUCAACAACUUCGGCGGCAAGGCGCACGACCGCCAGCUAGCGGUUCUGCCCACGCACUUUAACCAGUGGCGCCGGUACCUGUUUCCCGCGUCGCUCAUGUAUCCGCCGGACCUGUCCGUCUGGGUCACCGAGCACAACUACCGCGUUCAGAAGCAGGGGGAGGCGAUAGAGUUGGUGGGACGAUGGUAUGAUGGAGAGGGCAUCGCCGGGGUAGGGGAGUGGCUGUUCCACCAGCCGCAUGAGUUCGUUCUAGGAAUAUGAGG